CCUUCCCCUCUCUGUGGCUCUGCAUACAGUGAACGGUUUAGGAAUGUGUUCAUACUAUUCAGAAUAUUAUUCUUUAUGUUUUAAACUACAACUGAGAAGACACUAUUCCAAAGGAUCUAAUUUUACAACAUGACCCACUGGCCUGAUCCAUUUCACCAUGACACCAAGACCAACAUUAAAACCAACUAAAACACUUCACACCAACACCACAACAGCUGCUCCAGGCUUCCUGCCCUCUCUCCUGGACAGGAUUCCUUUGCCAAGAUGGGCCAUCUAUGCUAUAUUUGCUGCCGUCAUCCUGCUCAUUCUUAUCUGUGUGAUAUGCUGCUGUGUGAAAUGCUGCUGCAAAGGGAAAAAGAAGAGGAAGAAGAAGUUGGACCAGAAGAUCAGUAUGAAAGGGAUCUCAGGAACUACAACCACAGCUCUGGUCCAGCCUGAGACAGAGGGUGCGGAGUAUGGAUCAGCUGACCAGCAGAGAGGAAAACUGCAGUACUCACUGGAGUUCAACACAUCCAGAUCAGAGCUGACUGUAGGGAUAAAAGAAGCUGCUGCUUUGAAAGCGAUGGACUCAGGAGGGACAUCUGACCCUUAUGUGAAAGUCUACAUCCUUCCCAGCAAGUUCAAAACAUAUGAGACGAAAGUCUUCAGGAAAACCCUAAACCCAGUGUUCAAUGAAAAUUUCAAAUAUCAGAUCCCUCAGAAGGAGCUGACUGAGUCGAUACUGGUGAUGCAAGUCUAUGACUUUAACAGAUUCUCCAAACACGACAUCAUCGGUGAGAUCAGACUGAAUCUGUCCACAGUGGACUGGAAUCAUGUGAUCGAGGAGUGGAGAGAUCUGAGCGAAGCUUCCAAACAUGAGCAAGAGCAUCUGGGAGAGAUCUGCUUUUCUCUUCGUUAUGUCCCGGCUAGUAGUAAACUCACUGUGAUCAUCCUUGAAGCCAAGAACCUGAAGAGGAUGGACCAUGGUGGCUCUUCAGACCCUUAUGUGAAAGUCCAAUUGAUUCUGGAUAAGAAAAAGUGGAAGAAGAAGAAAACAUCAGUGAAGAAGCAGACACUGAAUCCAUACUUUAAUGAAUCUUUCACUUUUGAAGUGUCAUUUGAACAGAUUCAGAAAGUCCAGCUGGUCAUCUCUGUGUGGGAUCAUGACAAAAUGAGCAGAAAUGAUGCGAUUGGCAAGAUCUAUCUGAGCUGUGAUGCUACAGGAAACCAGUUGCGUCAUUGGGCGGACAUGCUGUCCAACCCACGCAAGCCUGUGGCUCAGUGGCACACGUUACUCUCCUCUGAACAGGUGGACACAACGCUGGCCUUAAUACACACGCUAAAGAUCCCAUUCACAAACAAAGCCUUCUGAAAAACCUCCAUUCUCAUUCCUUGUAACAAUGUUCACAAGAAUUUCAUUAAGUUACUGGAGUGUAAUGCUCAGACUAUAGUAAAGACCAAUGAGAAGA